UGCGAAGAAGUUGCGCGCGUUCGUAUAACCAGGGGGUUAGUAACCACCCCUGUUCGAGGUUAAGGUUUGUGCAGCGAGGGGCGUCGGUCAGGGCUCGCACAGGUAGAAAAGCACCUGCGGCGUUUUACCAAAAAAGAACAAAACAAGAGAGAAAAAAAAGGGUAGAUGGACCGUGUACGUAUAUUAUAAUUGUAUUAACGUCGAUCCGUAGAUGUAGGUGGUGGAUACAGGAAGAGUUGUAUAAUUAUACGGUAGAAUAAAUUAACCGGCCUUGACCGAGGUGGAACUGAGCUUGUUUAGUUGGUGAUAAGAUAGUAAAAAAGGUGGAAACAAAGGUAGAUCGUCGGCAGUGGGGAUGAGAGCGGAGUGGCCGUGGCGGAAUUAGCAGUAUGGAACAGACGGAGCUGUAUUCAAUGAAAAAAAAGCCGAGCGUUUCUAUUCUAAUCCAUAGUGUCUAUGGCUGUGGGUUGUUGUAGUAGGUUAAGUCGAGCCGUAUUUUCAUUCACUUUCACUUCAAUGUGAUGUCACCGAGAUGUAUUAACAUGUGCGAAUAGGAGAGAGAUCCUGAACAUCGGCACAACAUCCAGACAUCGGAGCGGUACAAGAGUCGACGAGUGCAGUGAUAGCCGCAAUUAUGAUCCCAAUGAAGCCAAUUGGAUAGGGAAUGGAUCAUUGCUGUUACACAGUGUACGGAAUUUAAAGACCACAGUGGAUGUGCAAGUGCCAUUAUGUAUGUUGCUGAGGCCAAUCAUAGGUGAUACCGAAAACAUGGACGAAGACGACGUUACCGUUCGCGUCGCAGUCAGGAUAAGACCGCAGAUUCCGCGGGAGAAAAUCGAGAUGUGUCAAAUCUGCACGACGGUCACUCCUGGAGAACCUCAGGUUUUGCUGGGCUCCGAUAAAGUUUUCACAUACGAUUAUGUAUUUGAUACGCCAGACAACCAGGUGGAUGUUUUCAGCACCUGUGUUGCACCGCUCAUUGAUUCUUCCCUUGAAGGGUACAAUGCGACGAUCCUGGCCUACGGUCAAACCGGUUCAGGAAAGACCUAUACUAUGGGAUCUGGAUUUGAUGUGGAGAUGUCCCCAGAGCAGGUGGGUAUCAUCCCGAGGGCCAUAGAACACCUCUUCGAAGGCAUCCAGAAUCGCAUCGAUAGGGCUAAGGAGAACGGCAUACUAGCGCCCGAGUUUAAAGUGAUGGCCCAAUUUAUGGAGCUCUACAACGAAGAAGUUAUAGAUCUGUUCAAUCCCGCUUAUAACAAAGAGAAGUCGUAUAAGAUACACGAAGAUUCUUACGGCGGAAUCCAGGUGAAAGGUGUCGCCCUGAAGACGGUGACCUCGACCCAGGAGGCCCUGCAGUGUCUACGCAUUGGUGCCUUGUCCCGUACGACCGCCAGCACACAGAUGAAUACACAAUCUAGUCGAUCCCACGCGAUAUUUACAUUGCACAUAAAGCAACAGAGAUUGGUGCCUUCGGAUGAAGGUGACUCUACGGAAUUCGAGACAUUAACUGCUAAAUUCCAUUUCGUGGACUUGGCCGGUUCUGAAAGACUGAAAAGGACUGGUGCUACUGGCGAUAGGGCUAAGGAAGGAAUAUCUAUCAAUUGCGGUCUUCUAGCGUUGGGCAACGUGAUUUCUGCGCUCGGCGAUAAAAGCAAGAAGGCUUUGCAUAUCCCCUACCGCGACUCCAAGCUGACUAGGCUCCUCCAGGAUAGCUUGGGAGGUAACAGUCAAACUGUGAUGAUCGCUUGUGUCAGUCCCAGCGACAGCGAUUUCAUGGAAACUUUGAACACUCUUAAAUAUGCUAACCGGGCUAGAAAUAUUAAGAAUAAACUAACUAUUAACCAAGACAAGAGUUCUAGAACUAUAGGUCAACUUCGCACGCAGAUUGCUCAGCUGCAGCUUGAGCUGGUUGAAUACAAACAGGGCAAGAGGAUGGUCGGCAAUGAUGGCACGGAAACAGUAAACGAUAUGUUUUAUGAGAACAACAUGUUGCAAGGAGAAGUCAAUAAUUUGCGUACUCGUGUGAAAGCGAUGCAGGAUACAAUAGAUGCUUUGACGCUGAAGAAUACAGCACUGCUCGCGGAAAAAUCCGUUGGUAAUUGGAUUACCUCUGGUUCGGAUAAUCAUCUCACUGACAUGGUUCAAGAGUACAUGAAAGAGAUCGAGGAGUUGAAAGCUAAGCUCAUUGAAGCCAACAAUACGUGCGAGAUUUUGCGAAAGCAGAUAGUCAGAUCUCAAGCAUCACACUCACACAAAGCAACAAUGGAUGUCUCCUUCGGUGAAAUUCCUUCUCUUAUAGAGGAGGCCAAAAGGGAGCUAGAAAAGGAGAAGCAAAUCUUACAAAGGAAUCGUCGUGUCUCAGAAAACGAGGAGAGCGAUAUUAGCGAGUAUGAGAGCGAUAGCGAGGACAAAGAUUCUCAAACUGAUCUUAAGGAUGAACUUAUGUCUUUAACCACCGACAUUGAUAUGAAGCAGAAGCUCAUCGAUGAAUUGGAACUUUCCCAGAGGCGGAUGCAAACGAUGCGACAACAUUACGAAGAUAAGCUUAUGCAGCUGCAAGCCAGAAUUACAAACACACAAGAGGAGCGUGAUAAAGUCUUAAAUUCCUAUUCGGCACAUCCAGAGCCUAGCGAAAAAGUAAAGAAAGUAAAAGAUGAGUAUACAAGGAAGCUGUCGGAUAUGCAGAAAGAAUUGAAGAGACUCCAAGUGGCACAAAAAGAACACGCACGGUUAGUCCGGAAUCAGAGUCAACAAGAUAAUCAGUUGAAAUCAUUCAAGAACGAGUUGUUUGAAAUGAAGCGCGCCAAGGUGAAAUUGAUAAAUAAGAUGAAGGAAGAAUCUCAAAGGCACAAAGAAUCUGAAAUGAAGAAAAUUAGGGAGAUUGCUCAAUUGCGUAAAGAGACCCGCAAGAGUGCAACCGUCAUAAAGGCGAUGGAAACAGAACGAAGGAUUAAGGAUCAAGUGUUAAAGAGGAAACAGGAAGAGGUAUCAAAUUUGCGUAAGAGCCAGAGAAGUAAAUUGAGCCUUAAAGCUUCCGGUCGCUUACCUCAGAAACCGUUUGUUGAAAAACACGCAAAGCAAAAGUGGUUGAAGGUUGAGAAGUCUAUUAACAAUAUUACAAUUAGCAAGAAAAAUAUAGUAGAGCAAGAAGUGCGGAUGGAGCAUUUCCUGAAGAAACGCGAGGAUUUGGGGAAAGAACUUGAGGUGUUACAGAUGAGGCGCGAGCAGGCUGCGGAUAAGCAUAUGGAUUUAUCGCAGCUGGAUAACUUUAUCGAAGACAUCCAGGAGAACAUAAAUUACGUUCAAGAAACGAUAAACGAAACACAGCACAACGUAAUGCAAAUCGAGGAAUCACAAGAUAACAACGAGGCUGCUGAUAUUCAGCAAAUCGUUGAUUCAGUCAGUGAUAUCUAUGAGGCCAAGUAUCUGAUGCAGAAACUGUUCAGCAUGACUUUAAGUCAGAGCCAUGCUGUUGCCCACAGGGACGCUAAAUUAAAAGAGAACGAAACAGUAUUAUCCGAGCUUCAGCAAGAGAAUACAGUUAAAGGACAACUCUUGGAUCAUGUGUUGAAUUCAGAAUUUCCUAUAUUCGCUAAAGACUUAACAACGAGUGUUUCUAGUAAUGCUAACGACACAACAAGCUCCACAUAUUCCAGCCGAUCUGGUUCACCAGUAGACACAGCAUUCACUUCUGCAGAAAUUAUACACAAUAACAAUAAUAAUAAGUCGAAAGCGAGGAGACGCACAGUCAGACAUGAUGAGUUAUUAUUCGGUAGUGCUAAUGUAUGAAAUUCCACUGAUCAAGAAGUUAGUAACUUUGCUUAUAGCACUAACCAUACAUCUUUUCCAUUUCAUACCUACAAUACAUAUACUAAAAAAAAACAUCAGAUUUACUCCAGCGAACCAUUGAAGUUAUGCCCGUUUAUUUUUUUUGUAUGAAUAUUAUUUCUUUACAGAAUUGUUUACAGUUUAAAACACAAAACUAGUUGAAAGAAAACAGGUUUCUGGUUAGUAAGAAAUGGGGCUUGGGUCGCAAUAUAUUCAGCGUGUAAACUUAUAUAAGAAGUCGGAGGUGUAGCAACAAAGUUCUCGGAAUUUCAUGAUUUCUUCGGAACUAUCGACACUAUCAUUCCGCGAACUUUAUUGUAGUACCUUGUAAAUAAGUUUCUGGAACGACUUGGGUCGGCUUACGUAAUUUAUUUUAAAUUGUAUAUACAUAUAUUUUUUUUAAAUACUUUUGGGCCAUGAUCGAGGGAAGGUUUAUUAACAACACAUGAUUAGAUGGACAAUUUGAGUUUAUUAUUUUACUUUAGUAACAUUUACGUACCCUAAGAGGAGUUUCAAUGCAACCAAAUUGUAUGAUCUCUUUGUUUUAGGGUCAGGUGUCAAUUUCGCAGGAUUUAGAGAUAAAAUCGCCUAAUUCAAAAUAUAGAUUUAACUCACAAGUAAUUAUUACUUAUGAAGAAUUGUUAAUAAUGUGUAUA